AAAAUCCUUUUGGCCCCACAUCCAAUCCCUGUCCAACGUUUGCUGCCUCAACCUCUGCAACAUCUCCAAGAUACACCCCUUCCUAACCAACAACACCACAAAGCUUUUACCUCACUCCCUGGUCAUCUCCAGCCUCGACUACUGCAACUUCAUCCUUAUUGGCAACUGUUAAGUAUCUUCCACCCCUCUCUGCUAAUCCUUCCACUGGCCUCCAUUCAGUGUCUGCUACCCCUCUGUGCCAAUCCCUCCACUGGCCUCCAUUCAGUGUCCUCCACCCCUCUCUGCCAAUCCUACUAC